ACGGUCGCCGCUCGAGCCACCGUUCGAGCAUCAGACGCGCGGGCGAGGGGGCGGGGUCUGGUGGCGUAACGUCAUCCGGCAUCAAGAUGGCGGUUCUGUCAGUGAGGAAGCGGCGUCGGCACAGAGGAUAACAACAAUGGUGCCUGAAAGUGGCAGAUACGUCAAAGUGUUUGAUUAAAAAGCGGGUGGGAGAGUUACCAUUCCCAUUAUUACGUCCCCAGAAAAGUGUUUCCAUCUCUGUACUGUCAAAGCAAUGGAGAACGAGGACAUGUCGCUUGAGAAUAUGGACCCCUCACUGACUGAGUUCAGUGAGGGACUCAAUUUUGGGGAUAUAGACGAAAUGCUACAGUUUGUCAAUGGCCAAGUGGGCGACUUUCCCGACCUGUUUGAUGAGCAUUUCAGCAAUGGUCUGACGGGAUGUGAAAAGCUUGAUCAACCUCCAGUUGCUAUACCACAACAGGGAGGGCAGCAACAAGCACCACUACAGCAACAGGUUCAACAACAGCAGCUGGUGCAACAAGUUCAUCCCUCCUCACCACCAGCAAUCCCACAGACUCCUUCACCUGCAGCCCAAAGGACCACUCCUGUUCUUCACCCUCGCCCACCAGUACACACACAACCACAGCAGCAAACAUUCAUGAUAACAUCAAAUUUCACCUCUUCACCGACACAGACUCGGAUUAUUCAGCAGCCUGUACUCACUUACCAGAACCAAGGAGGAUUUUCAGUUCUUCAGUCCCAGAUACAGACUGUCACUUCCCCACAGGUGCAGCCAGUCACCUUUCAGCAGCAGGUGCAGGGUCUGUCAACCCACAGGAUGCUUACUUCAGCUACCACAGGCACCAUUCAGACGCUAACACCAGGCACCACCACCACUGUCCAAACACACCCGCCGCAGGUGCAGCAGGUUCCUGUUCUGGUGCAGCCUCAGCUCAUAAAGACAGACUCCUUAGUCCUGACAACUCUGAAAGCUGAUCGCAGUCCGGUUGCAGCAGUACAGAAUCCAACCAUCACCACACUGACCACGCCUAUGCAGACCACAGCCUUGCAAGUCCCAACAUUGGUCAGCAGUAAUGGAACUAUAUUGACUACCAUGCCAAUGGUGGUUGGGCCAGAAAAGGUUCCAAUCAAGCAGAUUGUUGGAAGUGGAAAAGCCCCAGUAGAGGGGCCAAAGGAGGGUGAAAGAACAACACACAACAUAAUUGAGAAGCGUUACAGAUCAUCAAUCAAUGAUAAAAUCAUAGAACUCAAGGAUCUUGUGAUGGGGACGGAAGCUAAGAUGAACAAAUCUGGAGUUCUAAGGAAAGCCAUUGAUUACAUUAAAUACCUGCAACAAACCAACCACAAGCUACGACAGGAGAACAUGGCACUGAAAAUAGCCAAUCAGAAAAACAAGGGUCUGAAAGGAUCUGAGAUUUCCAGCCUGUUGGACAUUGAUGUUGACCUGAAGACUGAUGACUUCAAAUCACAUUUACUGAUCAUGUCACCUCCACCUUCGGAUUCUGGCUCCCCAGGCACUUUCUCACCUUGCUCCAUUGAUUCUGAACCAGGAAGCCCUCUUCUCGAUGAAGCAAUGGUAAAGGAAGAACCAUUGUCUCCCCCCACCCUCGGUAUGCUGGACAGCUCUCGGAUUCUUCUGUGCACCCUUACCUUUCUUUGUCUUUCUUUCAACCCACUUGCUUCACUCUUUGAACAUCGAGUACAUUUAGCAGCACCUGAGGAUUCUGGACACUCUGGUAGAAGUAUGCUGGGAAUUGAGCCUGACUCCAAAGGCUGGUUUGAUUGGAUGCUACCCACCCUAAUCCUCUGGCUGGUGAAUGGCAUCAUUGUGCUGAGUGUAUUUGUUAAGCUGUUCAUUUACGGUGAACCCAUCACACGUCUGCAUUCUCAGUCCUCUGUUACAUUCUGGCGAUAUCGCAAGCAAGCAGACCUGGAUUUGGCCAGAGGUGCCUUUAUUGCAGCUGCAGGAAACUUGCAGACUUGUUUGUUGGCACUGGGACGCGCACUGCCAGCUUCCCGGUUAGACCUAGCCUGUAGCCUCUGCUGGAAUAUCAUUCGGCACAGCAUUCAGAAGCUGGUGUUUAUGCGUUGGCUGCUGAAGUGGACAAGAGGGUUUCGGCAAGAGGCACAGCUUCAAGAAGAAGCCAAGAUGAGUGCACGCGAUGCUGCAUUGGUGUAUCAUAAACUCCAUCAACUGCAGUUGACAGAUAAACUGGUGCAAAGUCCUGCCAGUGCUAUAAAUCUAGCUCUAUCUGCAGUUAAUCUAGCAGAGUGUGCGGAGGAGAAAAUCCCCCCUAGUCUCAUGGCGGAAAUCUAUAUAACUGCUGCCAUCUGCCUAAAAAGCAACUUCAAUGGCAGACUUUCCUUCCUGCUUGGCUAUUUCCUGCGUCGAGCCCAGCGAGUUUGCCAAUCCCCAGCGGUUCUGACCCAGGCCACCUGUCACUGGCUUUUCCAAACUCAGGGACGCCGCUUCUUUGUGGAUUGUGAUUGGUCUCUUAAGUUUCCAAGGAAAGUCCUUUUCAGCUCUUCAAGGAACCCAGUUGACCCAGUAGCCCAAGUGAAUCAGGCAUUUUGUGAAAAUUUGCUUGAGAAAGCAGUAUACUCACUGGUCAAGCCAGAGGUUGAGGAUGCUGGAGAAUUCUCCAAUGCUUUUGAGUACUUGCAGUUACUUAAAACAUGUGCUGACACAGCUGGAAAUUGGGCACAGGCGUUUUCCAUUGAAUCCAGUCUGAGGAGGACCGCAGGUCCAGAUCCUGUGAGUAAAUGGUGGACAUUAGUUGUUGCAUUUGCCGUACACUGGCUUCAGGGUGAUGAUUCAACAGCAAAAGGAAUGUUUACUGAAGUAGAGCGAAUACCCAAAUCUCUGCAGAUUUCUGAAAGCCCACUGCCGAAGGCAAUUCUUCACGUGUAUAAGGCUAUGCAGACAGCCCUCUUGGGGAAACGAGAUGCUCACCAGACAACAUUCCUGCACUGCGAGAGAGCCAGUGGAUACCUAUGGAACAGUUUGUCCGUCUCUAGACCACAUCAGGAUACAAAACUUCACAAGGCAAUGCAAUUGUUGAUCUGCGACAUUUUGCUCUCAAUUCGUACAACCUUGUGGCAGAAACAGGCAAACUCAAGCCAGGCUGUGGGUGAGACCUACCAAGCAUCAAGUCUAGAACUAAAAGGAUUCCAACAAGACUUGAGCAGUCUCAGGAAGCUUGGCCAGACGUUUAAACCAGCACAUCGUAAGAUGUUUUUGCAUGAAACAACCGUGAGGUUGAUGGCAGGUGCAAGUCCAACAAGAACACACCAGCUUCUGGAGCACAGUCUGAGGAGACGUACUUCACACCCCGUCCAACAAGGUGACUUGGACGCUCUUCCUGGCCAGAGAGAGAAAGCGACAGCAAUCCUCCUGGCGUGCCGCCACCUUCCCCUCUCGUUUCUUUCUUCUCCGGGUCAGAGAGCCGUCAUGCUGGCCGAGGCUGCACGCACACUGGAGAAACUCGGAGACAAGCGGUCAGUCAAUGACUGCCAGCAGGUCAUCAUGAAACUUGGCAGUGGUACCACAAUCGCAGCAAGCUGAUGACUACAAAGCCAGACUGCAGCCUCUGGCAGAUGCCUUCUGUCUUCUAACUAAAUCCUACCCUAAUGUCCUAAUCAUCAAGCGAAGGCCCCAGUAGGUGUUUGGGACCAAUCUCCUACUGAGAAAUGGCAAUUUGGCAAGUUCAUGAAAAGAUUUUAUUGGUCUUGCUUAAAACUAAGAUCAGAAUGGAAUGUAAAGUCAGAUAUUAAUUAAAGAGGGCUGUUAGCUUGUGCUUGCCUUAUUUGUUGCUCAUGCUUCCAAUUUCUGGAGGCUUUGGUUCUCGAUCUGAGUGCACAAUCUGCAAGGUUCCCACUCACUUGAUAAUUCCUUAAAUUGUUUCAGCCUCAUGAUCUUAGAUGCUUUUGAACUGUAAGUUGUCAUGAAUGCAUUUGUAAAAGGGAUUUUUUGUUUAAGAUUUCAUAUGUGAAGAUACAAUUUUUUUAUAGCUAUGAAGUCGAUAAGCCCACAAUAACUAAACAAACCUUUCCCUUUAUAGAUCAUCUCCAUCUAACUGUUUUCUCAUCAUAUAAUCCAGAGUUCCAUCAGAUUGACCUCUUAAACUCACUCAUACUCUUGACUAUGACGGGCUUUUUCCAUGUAAUUUAUUUCUUAACUUUCAUGCAUGUUGGGUAGAAAAUUUGUAGGGUAUUUAAAGCCGGUAUAUUAAAUGAAGAUGUUUGUUUUUACAGCUUCACAUCUCUGUGAUCAGUGUUGGCCUGAGGGACCAGGUCACAUGUUGACCAGGACCUUUGGGACUAUCCCAAAGCUUUACCAUAAGAGUUUUUAUUGGAAUAGCUUGGCCCACAUGAGUUCUACUUCCAAGUCACCAUAGAUGCAGACUGGUGCUGGUCCCAACUCGAAGGACACUCCCAGUAAGCUUCAGUUUCAAAGGCAUUUGGUAUACUGAAGUUGUAGUCUUGAUUAGACCUCGUAGAAAUUGGUCUUGUCCGGUGUCAUCAAACAAUGCUCAAAGCUUGAAACUCAGGUGCCAUUGAUGUUCUAAUAUACUUUAAAUAGUGAUUGAGUCACUACUGAUGGUUUUAAUGAUAUAAAUCACAGGACAGAAUGAUAAAAGCUGGUUUUAAAUCUUUGGGGUCAUUACUUCUUUUAAAAAAUAAUUUGAGAAAAAACAAAAGAUUGCCAUAAAAAUGUAUGGUUGGUGUUGUGGAGGACCUGUAAGAUUGUUUCCUUUUGGAUCUACACUAUGAUGCUGGAGGAACUCAGCAGGCCAGGCAGCAUCCAUGGAGAAAAGCACGGAUGCUGCCUGGCCUGCUGAGUUCCUGCAGGGUCAUAGCGUUUUUCAUCUAGAUUCCAGCAUCUGCAGACCUUUGUUUCUCUCCUUUUGGAUCGAUGCUAGCAAUGUAGAGAUUAAGUAUGAGCAUUAUUUGCUACCACAAUUUAUGAAAAUGUAAAGUGGGGCUAUUGGAACGAUUAUUUUGUUUUAAAAUAGUACACAGGACAUGAUUGAGUUUCCUCCAUUCAAGGAAUGAUGCAUUACUGUGUAUAGGGUUGAGGGCUCUCAGAUUCAUCAGAUCUCUGCUGUAUCUGUAAAUAUUUAAGUGCAAGUCUCUUGUAAUUUCUCUUGGAUAUGUAACGAUGUUUUGUUCUAGUAAUAAUUAGUGUAAUUUAAAUAAAUGAAUGUGUAGGAAGAUCUUAAGACAUUUUAUGCAAAAGAAUAAAAUACAGUAGUGCAGAA